AUGUCUUGUUUACAAUUUUUACAAUUACAACAGACAAAUAUAGAAAAGCUUUUGAAUGAUUUGAUUUCAUCAUAUAAUAAUAAAAAAUUCCCUGAUACAAAGAUAAUCGUUGGUGAAAAGGGAAAAAUUGAAACAAUUUAUGCUAAUUCUUUUAUACUUAAGAUACGUUCUGAAUAUUUUCUAAGUGCUUUUUCAGAAGGCUGGAGUCGAAAGGUAGAUAAAUAUUUUGUUAUAAAAAAGCCAAAUGCCACACUCGAUUCUAUGAAUAUUAUUAUUAGAUUUCUUUAUAACGUAGACUUCAAUGCAUCACAUGAUAUGAGAACACUUUUGAAUAUAUUUUUGCUCGCGGAUAAAAUGGGCAUCAUGGUAUUACAUGAUGAAUUGAAGUCAUAUUUCAUCGAAAAUAUCAUAACUAUUAUGAAAAACAACCCAUUAUUGAUUUUAGAAUUUGUUAAGAUAUUUAUUUUGUAUGAUGAUUUGAAUGAAUUAUUGUUAAAAGCUUUGUGUUUGAAUCCGGCAUUAUUAUUCAAUUUCGAUAACAAAGAAAUUUCUGAAAGUAUUCUCUAUGAAUUAAUAUCGAGGUCAGAAUUAUGUCUGGAAGAAAACUUGUUAUUAAGCAGAAUUAUUCAAUGCUGUUGGAUACAAAUAGGUUUUCAGAUAAGUUUAAAGUCAGAAACCUUUCAUAAAAACUGUGAUGGAAAAGGGCCUACAAUAGUAAUUAUUAAAUUACUUGAUGGUGAUUUAAUAGGUGGUUAUAAUCUAUUAGACUGGGAAGUAAAUAUUAAACCAAGAUCUGAAGAAAUGGCUAUUAGUUGUAGAAGUGAAUACGGUCCAACAUUUGGAAGUACCGAUUUGUAUAUUCAGAAUGGUUUGGAUUUUUGUAUGGUUAUAAAUUCACAUUAUGAAAGUUUAAAUGUAUCAGGAAGAUUUCAGAUAGUAUCUUACGAGAUUUUAAGGGUUAUCAAACAAAGAUAA